GGGUAUUCCCCUCUCACAGUUACAGCGCGCGCAUUGUUGUCAUUACAUUUCAACAAGAACAUAAACCGCAGGAUGUUUGUAUUCAUUCAACGCAACUUUGGAUCCAAUUGAGCAACAGAAAGAACCAGAGCUUCAACAUGAACAUGUACUAGAAAACAUUUGACAACUAUGGCAAGAGCAAGUGCAGAAAAACCUGUGGGUGUCAUCAUGGCAUCCUCAUUCAAAGGUCCACCAGAACAACCUUUAGGUGACAACAAUGAUGACGACAACAAUAAAGAUGACAAACAUGAACUAUCCUCUUCCAUUGGCGCCAUAUCUGAAGACUUUGAGUAUGUAAUUCCUGGAUAUCUUAUUAGUGAAAGACCAUCACAUGAUCACCAAAUCAAAGCAGAUCGUCCAGAGAUUUCUAUGCAGAUUCGUAACGUCGAGCACGCUCUUCAGAGUUUGGUUGAAGAUGAGAGAACAUCUGAGAUUACUGCUCACUUAUCAGAACUGGUACCCAAGAUCAUUCGACUAGAACGCACAGUCAAAAUGCAAACGACUCUGCGGACAGUGUUUGAAGAAGAAAACCACAAUCUGAAGAGUGAAGCUGAGGAAAGGAAACAGGAGAUCAACGAGCUGAGGGAAGAGAUGAGGCAGUUAGAGGAGGAGAUUUCAGAGAUGCGAAAAGCAAAGGAAGAGGAACAGUGUGGAGGGUUUGACUUUGUGACUACCAAGGAAGCAAGAGAAAUCAAAGAUGCUCAGAAACAGAAAACGGUCAUACAGCAACCUGUGACAGCAGCAACCACUGGAGUCAGUGAAGAGGUUCAUUUCAUGCUCCAACGCAAGUACCAGUCAUUGAAGAAACAGAUGGAAGAGAUUGUGAAGGUGAACCAUUCAUGGGAUGAACACUACCACAACAUGAAGACGCAGAUGCAGAAUCAAAUAGAAGAUCUUCAAAGGAAGCUUACUGAUGCCAAGAACAUGGGGGAGAGCAAUGGAGAUCCACAAACUAACAUCGGACUGGACAAAGUGGAGAAAGAGAAAGCUGAAGCUGUUGCAGAGGUAGUUGCUCUGAAACAGAAAUGUGACAAACUGGAACGUUAUGCUCGCACACUUACUGGACAACGCAAGGAAAUGGACAAAGAAAUCCAACGUUUGAACGAGGCACUUUCUCAAAAUCUGAGAAUUGGUAAAGAGCAGUCUGGAAAAUUACAAAGUGAAAAUCAUACUGCACAGAUCGCUCCACUACCAAGUUCUUCAUCUGAAGUCAACAAGAGACGUGAAUCGCCUAUCCAUGUCAAGGGAGUGAAUGAGAUGACUGAAGGUGAAUUGAAGGAGGAGUUGGAGCUACUGAGACAACAGACUGAGGUUUUCCAAUCGGAUUUCUUCAAUGAGCGUCAAGAUCGUCAGCGUGUCAUGGGAGAGUUAGAUGCUUUGCAGAAAGAACUGAGGCGAGCUAAAAAACAGAUUCAACAGCAAGAUACCUACGUGCAAGGAGAGCAACGUCUGUAUUAUCAGCCGAACAGACCCUACUCAACAUCCGCUCCACAACCAAGAUACAACCAGGUGUCUGCUCCCCCUAGAGCUGGAUAUGCCAUACCAACAAGAAGACAUGACGUACCUCCAGGCCGCUUGAUUGCACAUGGCAGAGGAAGCUAUGUGUACAAUACUGCUGGCAACGAUGUCUACAUUGACGGUAUUGGAGAAGAUGGAAAUCAACCAGAGAGUUUGGAAUCCAAUCCAAAUGGCGCUCAAGACAACAUGUUGGUCUGCCCGAGAUGUGAGAGAGGCUUUGAUGACGAUAGCAGCUACCACUUUCACAUCAGUGAGUGUAUGAAUGCUUGAGAUCCAUAGAGUUAUAUAUAAGAACAAGAGGGCGCUCUGGCUUAUAUACGCGCCCCGGCAUGCGCGCAGGCGGCCAUUUUCUAAGUUGAAGCAUCACCAGUGCGCCCUCUAGUUCUUAUAUGUAUUACUCUGUGUUGAGAUCCCACUGCGAUGUAUGAAGCCAUGUAAGACAACACCAACCUUUAAUCAGCUGAUCUUACUGGAGUUUUAAAGGGGCAUAUUGCCUUCAAAUAUCUCAACACUUUGCCGUUUGGAAUUAAUUGCUUCUUAUGCUUUUAUAGAAGCAAUGUUUGCACAAAAAAACCUACGUUGCACUUUAAAUUCACUUUAAAAAUAACUCUCCAACCUAUUAUAGAAAAUAUUAUUCAUAUCUUUGAUAUUUUAUUCCCUAAUAAGGGAUGAUGCAGGAACUCUUAGUGAUAAUGUUUUUAAAAAAAAUUGUUCCUCAAAAGUUGUUUGAGAAUACUUAAAAAAAAAAAAAAAACUUUCAAUCAAACAGAGGUUUCUUUAUUAAUUUGUUUUUAUUGUUCACAUGAUUGAUAAUUGUUUUUCAGGGUAAUUAAUGACAUUUUACUUGUUCUAAACCUUCUUAAUGACUUGUAUAUCAAAGAUCACCCUGCUGUGCAGGUGACCUUUGGUAUUGCAAUGAAAUUACUUUAGUUUUCUGUUCAUUAUUGUGGUAGGUUAACUUUGUAUUGAUGGCAAAUAGUCAAUUUUAUCACAGUAGCUUAUUAUAAUAUUAGGCAGAAAUUUUGAUUAAUCUAUAAUUAUCACCUAUUUGUUACAUUUAAAUUUGGUGGUUUCUGUAUUGGGACUUAGUCAGCAAUUAAUUUGUUUGCUCAUUGCUAAUCUAUGGUUGCAAACCAUCUUAAAAUGUGUUGUGCCGCAAAUGGCCUCGUAUGUGUGGCAUGAUGUAAAUCUUAAAAAUGACAAUCGUCGACAACCGAGAUAAUAAUGUCAGAUGUCGACAUGUCAGAUGGCUUCUCCAGAGCUCUAUAAAGUAACAAUUUCAAAAGUAAACAUCGACAAUAUUGCAAAAAAUCUUGCUAUACAUUCUGUAAAUCACAAAACACUACACUCAGUUAAGGAAGCGAUAGAGAAAACAAGUUUAUUACAAUUCAGAUUGAGGAGUAGUGACCCUUUAUUAAGAAGUUUCUUUUAAAAUGCUCCAAAUAACACAAGAACUACUCCAUUCGCAAUCUCACAAAUCUAGAUGUACCCUUGCAACAGAUUUCGGGUCUCGGGUUCCAUUCCAAAUAAUAUUAGACCCUUAUAGGUGUUUUUUCUGAAGGACUCUGAAAAAAACUAAGCUUUGAAGUCCAGCAUCGGUGAAGAACUAAGAUAAAUUAAUUGCUGACUGUUUGAGUUUUUAUUCUUCUUCAAGUACUUAUUUCUUCAAAUAAAUGAUAAUAAUAAAAUAUAUUAUGAUAGUUUGCUUUCGCUUUUAACUAGCACAUGUAUCGAUAGUUUGCUUUUCAUGAUAAAGGAUUAUAUUUUAGUGUGUUAAUUUAAAUAAAGUUGCACAUCGGAAGAAACAAAAGAUUUACAUUUUAAUUGCGAUUUAUGAUCAAACGGAACCAUUAUAGACGGUACUGCAGGUGGCAACUUGUGACUGCGACUUUUGGUUAUGCUUAACAUACUGCUCAUGUGCAUGGCUCAUGUGGUCAUAGGGCAAUUAAUUACCUGUCAUGGCAACAAAUCAGCGCAAGAUUUUGAAUCAGUUGUUUAACUCUUCAGCAGUUAUUCCCUUAAAUUGAUUUCUGUCUGACAAAUACAGCUUUAUUUUCGGGUGAUUCAUAACUGUGUGAAACAGCACAUGCAGCAGGGUCGGGAUUGAUCAUUUUAAGCUCGAGCAGAAGUGUGCAGAACUCCCAUAAUAUCACUUAGCAUGGUCAGACAACAUUGCAAACAGAGCCCCAUGUCAGUUCGUACACCAGUUAACAAAUAAAUUGAUGUAUAACCUCAUCAAUUUAUUGUUUACUGUGGUACUAACUGCCAUGGUGCUUCGUUUGUAAUGUGGUCAGGUCCUGCUUAGUGGUACUCAAGUGAGUGCUUCACACUUCAGCUGGAGCUUCAUGGUCAGUCACAACCCUACUGCAUGUACAGUUUCACAUAAUUAUGAAUCACCAGGAAUAAAGCUGUAUUUGUCAGAAAGAAAUCAUUUUCAGGGGAGCAACCUAAUGAAGGGGCAAAAACAAUUAUUUCAAGUCAUAUUUUGGAGAAAGAAAAUACACAUUGCAUCUCGCCUACAAACUCUGUAAGAAUCGUGGAUGUCACAGUCAAUAUUCAUCUUAAUUCAACAAUAUUGCAACAUUAUAGCCACUUACUUUAUUGGUUUAUUUAGUAUAUCAAGAUAUUUUUUUAAAAUAAAGUUGAUGUUUGGUGAAAUCAUUUUCUGAAUCCAAGAUAAGAGCCCGCUACGACAAUGAGUGUUUGGUUUGAUCCAAAUGAAUGUUUGGUAACAUUAUUGGGUGAAAUGCUAGAAAAAGACAUUCCUCCAUGUUACUAUUGGCUGUUAGCCUUCAGCUCUUUGAUCAUUUUGUACGCCCUUUCACCAAACAUAGCUUUUUAUUGGGUUUUUUUAACUGCUUUUAGGUUAUUAGCGUUUCAGUUAAUAAUGAUGCGUACUUGCAAAGUGUAGAACGAACGCCAACUUGUUUGGAAAUUCGGUUUGAAUAUAGACAAAAUGGUUUCAACAGAUGUUGCUUUGGUAAGGAUGCACUUGUGGGUAUGUGGCUGGUAUUUGUAGCUAGCUCUAUAUUUACGUAGAUGUAGUUAGCUGUAUACAUUGUAAUGCUGUAAUGUAUAGGAAGGUUCAGCAUUGACUGUUAUUGAGUCCCGUGGAUAAGUUCAAUGAAUACACUUGAGAUGUUUCAGAUUUUGUAGUAAGAUGAGAAGACAAAAUCAGUUACAUUUUAAUUAUGAUCGAUAAAAUAACUCAAUUGUGUAUAACCAGUUUAUGAUUAUGAAGAGGUAACUAGGUGUACUUAUGAAUGACACUCAUUGCUGUUCCUAUUGUCAGAUUGCUAACAGAAUAAAUGUUGCAUAAUAAACUUCAAAUUGAAA